AUGGAUUUCCCUUACUUAAAAUUCAGGAAUACCAUUCAAAAGUUGCUGGGAAUUACCUUAUUGAAUGAGAAGGAUCAAAAUAUUUAUUUAUUUGGAACUCCACCUGAAAGGCGCAGAAGUAUACAUAUUGUUAUCGAAAAUACCGGGAAAAUUUAUAUUGUUGGUGGAUUUAUAGAUAAAGCUUUGGGUUCUCUGACACAAAUAACUUUCAAUGAUAUGGUCAUCCUAAAUACUGUCGAUUUAUCAUGGGUCAUUAAUACAGUCAAUCAACCUAAUGCACGAAAUGGUUAUUCCUCAAUUCCUCAACAAUAUUAUCUAAUGGAGUUAUUUAACAAGUGCAAAUUAACAACAAAUUCAAAAGCACAAUCAUCUCCAAUUACUCCUAUAGUUGUAGUAACAAAUAAUUCUAGUAGUGAAUUUGUUACAAUGAAAAUUAUAAUCGCAUUAAUUGGAGGAAUUUUGGGCACCGUUAUAAUUAUGGCAUGUGGGUUUUUAUUUUAUAGAUGGAAUAGAAACAGGAAAGAACAUUCUCCUAAAUACAUUAAUGAAGAACAUAUUUUACCUGGAAGUGUUGUUGAAAUUAAUCAUAAUAGUUAUAUUAUAUAG